GAGGUGAUUGUUGGGGAGUUAGAGAGAGCAAGGGAAUGAGAGCAAAGGAAAGAGGAUACCAGAAAAAUACUGUCAGGUUUUAAGAUCGUAAGAUAAUAUUUCUUGGACUACCGAGAAAAUAGCAGAAGUCAUGUUGGGGUGUGGACGUCCUGUCAUCCUUCUCCUCAGCAUCAACUUUCUGGACCUCUCUUUUGUGUCGUCAUCAUCUUCAUCAUCUCAGAAUGCCACUCAACACCGUUUCCACCCUUCUGGAGGGAGCGAUUACUACAAUGAAUAUGAGGACGUCACCACUGAGCCUCCCAGCACAUCCUCUACUCCCUCUGAACACCCAGAUCGCAAUCCGUGCAAUUAUGAUAUGUGUGUGGAGCAGCAGCACACCUGCCUGGAGCUGGCAGAAGCCACAGGCUGCCUCUGCCCGGGGUUGAGCAAAGGUUUCACUCCCCCGAGUCCACCGCGCCACUUGUAUCUGACUCAACAGGAUGGCAAAGGGGUUGUGGUGCACUGGUGUGCUCCCACCUCCAUUGUCACCCACUACAAUGUCUUGGUGAGAGGGAAUGGCAAAGUGAAGGAUAAGAAGAUAGAGGUGGAGGAGAAAAAGAGGGCAGCAGUAUUGGAGGAUGUUGAAGCUGGUACGCACAUAUGUGUAGAAGCGGUGAAUAAAGGCGGCGUCAGUGCAGAGGAUGAUCAGUCUUGUGCCACAUUUGAACCCAAAAAUACAGACUCUGGACUUGCGCUGAAGCUGGGCAUUAUUGGGGGUGUGGUGGGACUCAUACUGCUGCUGAUUCUGGCUCUGCUGCUGUGGAGACACAAAUCACGGCAGAAAUUCACCACGCGGACCGAGACUGAGGGAGUUCUGUAACGUCUGCGUGUGUAUGUUGCCAAAAAAAUGCACUUUUACUUCAUCUCGGUAUGAAUGAUGGGAGUAAAUGAAUGACUGUGGACUGAUCGCUCGCUGUGAGUGUGCUGGAAAGAGGGAGUGAAUGACUCAAUGAGCAUGAACAGAAAGAGGGACGCAGAGAAGGUGGACGAAUGAUUCAGCACAUUCUUCUCAUUUGCUCGUCAGUGUCUACCAAUGUGAUUUAGGACAGAGACAAUUUGUAUACUGCUGGUCUGCUGACUCCAAUUAUGGGCACCAUUUCGAGCCCACUUCCUGAUCACAAACACAUUUUAAACUUGUGUAUGUCUGUUUCUUCCUCCUGCAUGUGUUUUCAAAGAAAAAGGCUGAAUCACAGUUUUUCGCAUUUAGAUUUAGGCCUGGAUCGGAUCAAAUGAUUUGUACACAUUUUAGGUCACUUUGGUAAGAAGGAGUUUGCUAAGAAAAUCUGUGUAAAUCUUACUAAUAAAUAAAAGAUUUUUGU